AGCCUGUAAGCAAUGUACGGCAAUUGUUGGCCACCAUUCGGAUCUGCCCCAGAUUUUACCCAGAGAGGCACAGAAACCAGAGCGCAAACUUUCUAUCGACUUGUCCAGCAUCCCCGCCUUCAAACAAGUCCCGGGAAACUGCCCGUCUCAAGUUUGGUUCCGGAGGAUUCUUUCCGCAAAUUGGAGAGGCCCAGAUCUGGAAGGGCGAGUUGGGAUUAAGCGCUUUCAUUAGGGGGUUAUGUUCCCCCAUCACGGUGAAGCAUAUUGGCGAAAGGCAGAUUAGCUUCUCCCCCAAGAAAUUGAGAGCCGCCUUCGAGAUUGACGGGAGCACGUUCAGACACACACAUUUUUUAUUCGUCCGCUGCGGCGCGCCUCCUUUCUGAUUUCGGGCGGCGGGGUGGUUUGCCGGCGCGGCCCCGCCAUGCUAGGAGGGUUGCGGAGGCGCUGGGAGGCCUACAAGUACCGCUUCGUGCCCUGGAUCGCGCUCAAUCUCCGCCACAAGCGCAGGACUCUGCGGUUUGUGCCAGAAGAAUCUAAAGACAAAAUUGCUUCUGAUGAAAAUGUCCUUCAAACACUACUGAAAACAUUUAGAUCUUUAUUUGUAAAUGACUUGAACAGACAAAUGUGCCUUUUGAACGUAAUUCCAGAAAUUAAAUCAAAAUACCCAGAAAUACAUUCAGUGCAAUGCAAAACAAUACCCAAAGCAAUAUACAAUGAUCAAGAAUGUCAAAGACCCCUUAAUCCAGAAGAAGUUCUGUUCAGUACACUCGGAUUCAGCAUUAUUCGACAACCCAGUUCACUGGAGUCAGCUGGGAUAGGAGUUUUUGUAGCAAAGGGGUUUGUUCCAGAAGGAACAGUCGUAUCAAUGUAUCCUGGCACAGUCUAUGAAAAUCAUGAACCCAUAUUUUUUCAAUCCAUUGGCAAUCCAUUUAUAUUUAGGUGUAUCGAUGGUGUACUUAUUGAUGGAAAUAAUAAGGGAAUCUCAAAGGCUGUAUACAGGUCAUGCAGCAAAAGAGAUCAAAUUGGUCCUUUAAAAAUGUGUGAUGUCUUUUGGCUUACAACUGCUACACAAAAUCCAUUGGCUGUGGGACAAUAUGUUAAUAAUUGUUCAUCAGAAAAAGAAGCAAAUGUUUGCUAUCAGGAACUGAAUAUACCUAAAUGUUUUCCUGUAGAAUUUAAGCAGUAUCUUCCAAACAUAAACUACAGCCAUGAAAUAGAAAGGCCCUUGAGAUGUGUGGUUUUGGUAGCUCUCCGAAACAUUGGCCCAGGAGAAGAACUUUUUUCAAACUAUUACACAAUUAUUUCUUGAUGGUCAACAAUGGAUUUUUACAGUAAUGAAACCAAAUGUGGACGCUUUUAGAGAAUUUAUAGACUAUAGCUUAUCAAACAAAGAUAUCCAUGCCAUG